AUGUCGAAGGUUCUCUUUUCGAAUUUCAAUGUCACAUCGCAGGUAUUCUACAGGUCAAAGUACUCGUAUGCGCUGGUCAAUUUGAAGCCGAUUGUCAACGGACAUGUUCUGGUUGUGCCCCUAAGAGUUGUCUCCAGGUUGAAAGAACUCACGAAGGAAGAGUCCAUUGAUUACAUGGAAACAGUCCAAUUAGUUCACCAGUUUAUUGAAAAAUAUUAUAAUGCCGAUGGGUUGAACAUUGCAAUUCAAGAUGGGAAUGCAGCCGGACAAAGUGUCCCCCAUCUACACACACAUUUAAUCCCCAGGUAUUAUCCCGAUGGAUAUGGGGAUGGAAUUUAUGCCAAACUGGAAGACAAUGAGCAAAAACUGGAAAAUAACUACAGAAAAUUCAAAGUUCUAUCGGAUGAGGACCGGAAACCAAGAACUUUGGAAGAGAUGACAGCAGAGGCUGAAAAUUUGGCCAAAGAACUGGAAACUUUCAAAGGAAACUUAACUUCAUAA